AUGAGCGAGAAGAAAAUAUUACAAGUCGUGAGACCGGAGCCAAUAUCGGUGUUAGAUUAUGUUGAUAAUAUGGUUAAGAAAAAAAAAUUAGAUAAGGAAUUAAAAAAGAGUUCAUUAGAUGAAUGGGGAGAUAUGAAGAAAAUAGAAAAGACUGAAGAAAUAAAAUUACAGUGGGCUUUAUUACAACAUGAGAAUUUAUAUACUGUGAACGAAUAUAAUAAAUUAAAAAAAGAUGAGAAGAUGCCCGAAUUUUUUCAAGUUGCUACCAUGGUUAAUAGUAGUGAUAAAAUAAAAGUUGGAGCAGGAAAAGAAUCCCAAUCAUUACAUACAUCGAAUAGAAGAAAAAAGAAAACUUUAUCUGCCCUACAAAUGUUAGAAAGAAAUAACGAUCUUAAACAAUGGUGUAUAAAUAAAUAUACAAAAAUACAAAAGCAGAAAAAUAUCGGAGGAAAAUCUUUUGUAAGGAAACAAAAGAAGCAAUUAUUGAAGAUCAAAAAUGGAAAAUAA